CACCGGCGAGGCAGCGCCCGGCGGCGGGCGGGAUAAUGCGGCUGCCCAGCCCGCAGGCACCGCCAGCGGGGCGCCCCCGCCGCCAUGUCCCCCCCGGCCUCGGCGGCCGCCGCCAGCGAGGGAGGCAGCAGCACGCCGGUGCCUCCGGAGGAGGAGGCGGAGGGGGCCAGAGAGGAGCAGCGGCCAGUGAAGCAGUCUCUCAGCAAGUCCCUGUGCCGAGAGUCCCACUGGAAAUGCCUGCUGCUGUCCCUCCUCAUGUAUGGCUGCAUGGGAGCCAUGACCUGGUGCCACGUCACCAAGGUGACCCGGCUGACCUUCGACAGCGCUUACAAGGGCAAGUCCAUGAUGUACCAUGACAGCCCCUGCUCCAACGGCUAUGUCUACAUCCCCUUGGCUUUCCUGGUGAUGCUCUAUGUGGUGUACCUGGUGGAGUGCUGGCACUGCUACACGCGCAACGAGCUGCAGUACAAGGUGGACGUGGAGAGCGUGCACGAGCGCGUGCAGCGCAUGCAGCAGGCGACCCCCUGCAUCUGGUGGAAGGCCAUCAGCUACCACUACGUGCGCAGGACCCGGCAGGUCACCCGCUACCGCAACGGGGACGCCUACACCACCACCCAGGUGUACCACGAGCGGGUCAACACCCACGUGGCAGAGGCCGAGUUUGAUUACUCCAACUGCGGGGUCAAGGACAUCUCCAAGGACCUCAUCGACCUGGAGAGCUACCCAGCCACGCGGCUCCGCUUCACCAAGUGUUUCAGCUUUGCCAACGUGGAGUCCGAGAACUCCUAUCUGACCCAGCGGGCCCGCUUCUUCACGGAGAACGAGGGCCUAGACGAUUACAUGGAGGCCAGGGAGGGGAUGCACCUCAAAAAUGUGGACUUCAAGGAAUACAUGGUGGCCUUUUCCGACCCAGACAACCUGCCUUGGUACGUAUCUCACUAUGUCUUCUGGGUGGCAGCUCUGCUGACCCUGUCCUGGCCCUUGCGGGUGCUAAAUGAGUAUCGCACCUCCUACGUCCAUUACCACGUGGAAAAACUCUUUGGGUUCGAUUACGUGGCGGUGACGCCGGCCGAGGAGCGCUCCUUCUGCCGGAGGAUGCCCCGUGUCAACACGGUGGACAGCACGGAGCUGGAGUGGCACAUACGCUCCAACCAGCAGCUGGUGCCCAGCUACUCGGAAGCGGUGCUGAUGGACUUGGUGGGGCUCUCCGGCUGCACCAGCUACUCUGCCUGCCGCUACGGGGGCUACCGGCAGAACUGCGAGCGCUGCCACAGGACUAUAAGCAGCUCCUCCAUCUUCUCCCGCAGCGCUCUGAGCAUCUGCAACGGCAGCCCCAGGAUUCCCUUCAGCAGCAGCCGCUUCUCCCUGGGCCGCCUGUACGGCUCGCGCCGCAGCUGCCUCUGGCAGAGCCGGAGCGGCAGCCUCAACGAGCAGAGCUGCCCCACCGAGCAGACACGCCUCUCCAGCCAGGUGACUGUGGAGGAGGAAGACCCCCCUCCUUAUCAGGAUGCCCUCUACUUCCCCGUCCUCAUUGUACACCGCAACGAAGGCUGCCUGAACCAUGACCACCGUCACCUCCAUCGCAAUGGGUCCUGCGUGGAGACCUCACUGUGAAAGCAGACGGUGGUGAGAUCUCAUUGUCCAUUGCCCGGCCCAAGCCGGCGCAGGAUUUGGGGAGAGGAGCACGAGGGGGAUAGCCCAGGAGGACAUCAGGAUGGAGUGGACAUGGCAUCCUGCUCCGGCAGCCAGCAAAACCUUCCCCCGCUGUGGCUCUGAGCUCCCCGAGGGGUGGAUGCUGAUGCUCCCCCUGACAUGGCACAGAACUCUCGACCGAUCACCACAUGCAAAAAAAAAAAAACCCAACCAAACCAACAGCAAAACCAUAAUUCAUGGUAUCAAGACCCAAAGGGGGGAAUAAAACAACAGGCCUGAUGCAGGGAGGGGGUGGCCUUGGCUCCCAGCCCUGGCUCCAGGCUGGCUCGUGCUCCAAGGAACCAGCAGCCACCAAAAAGCACCCUGCUGCACUCCUGCCCACCCUGCUUCCCACACUGGAGCGAGAGCCCUGACAGGGUGGAGGAGAGCAUGCCCCUGGAGCAGGGUGUCGCUGCCUGUGACAGAAGGUCAUGGGUGCCCAGGCACGUGGAGCUCAAUGGCAGGUUAGAGCAAAGGCUGAAAGCCACGAAUCCGCCUCUUCCCCUUCCCCCUGCCUGUUCCCCACCCUGUCCACUUUUUUUUUAGACCAUGCUCCGACUGUUAUUUUUUCUCACUGCUGGGAAUGGCAUUGCCUCCAGAGGAUCUCAUGCUCAGCUCCUGAGGAAGUUUCGGUGUGCCAGGUGUGAGUCAGCAUCCCCUUGGUAAAGGGUUUUCUGUUUGGGCAUGCAGCACCAGGGAAGGGAUGAAUGUGCAAAUCGAGAUGGAGCAGAGAUCUGCAGCGCUACUGAUGUGUUUGCUGGAGGAGGGCUCAGCUGGAAAGAGAAAAGGGGAGGCCCCUGGUGAGCUGGGGAAGAGGAUGGCACUGGAACAGACAUUGUGGUAUCAGGUGGCACAUCAAGUGGCUGGGGACCCUUCCUGGCUUUGAAGUGAGUCUUAAUUGGUUCAGCCAAGCAUCAAGGAAGUCUCUGGUAGGUUCAGCUGCAGUUCACCUAUUGAUAAUGGAGCAGCAGGUUAGUGCAAGCCUGCACAAGUGAAUUUGGCAUGAGAUCCAGCUGGGCUCUGGCUGUAGACUCUGAGCUGCAGGCUCCUGGAAGCCUCAUUUUGGCAGAGAACUCUGGGGAUAGCAGGGACAAAUGCAAAAGCAUGCUGGAGCAUUGGGAACUUUGACUGGGGAAAGGAGGAUCAAAAGGAUUCUGUUUCUGUGGUACCCCACUAUUGGUGCAGGAGGCACUGCCAAGAGGGAUGUUCUGCAGAACAGAGGCUGGGGAUAUGUUAGAGGAAAACCUGAUUGAAGUGAAACAUUUUGCACAACAGGUUUUUGCAGGGAGGUGUCAGGCUGUCAGAAGUGAGGUGUCUCUUCUGUUUAGCUCAUUAGCGACUGGGUUCUUCUGCGUUGCUCUUGUCAGGGCAGGUUGCUCUGGCUUUGUGCUGCCCCUUCUACCCUGCUGGAAAGGAUCUCAGUGACCUUGGGCAAAGAACCUUCCUGUCACUGAAGCUGCAACAGUGUUUGCAGCAUGCACACACCCAGCUUUUCCUCCUCCAACAACACAUCCCGAGAUCUCUUGCGUCCUUGUUCUCAGAAAAGCUGUCUCCUUUUCAGUCAGCUCUUUGGGGAGUGCAUGCCAAAUCAGCCAGCGAUUUCUCCAGCACUAUUCCUCAGCUUCACCCUUCUUCCCUCAUCAGCUGUGGCUGACAAAAGCUAAGAGCAGCACAUCUGGGGUGACAAGGGCAAGUCCAGUGGCACCUGGGCAUUGUGCUCUGUGUCUGCCUCCCCAUCUGUCACAGAACAGUGAGGCACUGUAUUUAGUCCAGCCAUCUUCCUCCUGCCAGCUAUUAAUGAGGGGUCUGUCUCUCUCAUCGUGCUGCUGUACUGCUUUGCCUCCCAGGUCUUGAGGAGGCUGCAAUGCACCCAUGUUCCACACUGGUCCUAUUUUGAAAGUCAUCUCCUGCUGGCAAGCCUGGAGUGGUCAGUACCUGUGGGCAUUGUAGAGCUCCACUUUUCAUUUCCCCCAGAGCAGUCUGUUCUGCUCUUUAUGCCCUGCAUAUCCUGGUUAGCGUCUCUUGCCCUUCAAGUCAGCUUGUCCUCCUGGAUCUGGGGUGCUAAACUACAAAUAACAGUGGUUUGAACAGGAAGUCUCUUAAAAUCUCACUGUGUUUAUGAUUCUGUCUUAGCCCUUAGUUCUGCCCUUACUUUCACUACCAGAGCUAGAUGUUGGCUUAAAGAAGAGGGUCCCUUGGAGGACAGAGAAGAUUAAGGUCUCUGAUGUAGGCACAUCCCUCUCUGCACUUUGUUCUCAUUAUUUUUGGCAUAGAUUCAGACUGGGCGAAAGCAGCCCUGGGAUUUCCUUGCUUAGUAAUGACAUUUGGCUCGCUGUGCACUCGUGCUCCUCUCUCCAAGGGCCUAAUGUAAGCCAAGGCCAGUGUGGAGUGUUCUCCUGACUCCAGGGAGAUAAUGGUGCGUGCUUGUAUGUCCCAGGGAAUUGAGGCAGUGGAGCUGCAAUGGGUCAUUAGUGAGGAAUGAGGUCCCCGCUUGUCCUUCCUGACAUGUUCUCUUUGAAAUCUGCACUGUUGCUUAAAUUAGGCUGCAGUGGCUCAUCUUUCUAUCUCCAGCCUCCAAGGUGCCUUGGACAGAUGGAUUUAUCUCAGUUUUGGCAGGCCUUUUAUCUCCCCGGGGAAAAGACAUUCUUCACAACAGGAACAGAUUAGCAGGGUCUCUAUGCCCCCCAGCUUUUAGCACCUGCAGCAGAGCUUCAGGCACCUGUCCUUGGCUCUUUCUGGGGCUUUCCAUGAGAAUGCCUGGCCUUGUUCCUCUGGCCCCAUUUUGGGGGCCAGAAUAAUAUGGAAUAUUAUUCUGGAGGUGGUCUGUCCAGGUGGGUCUUUGAGGCACGGCUGCUGUUCUGACCCACAGGAUCCAUAGAGUCUUUCUGUUGCUGAACACCUUCCCCAUGUACCUGGUGUCAGCUGCAGCCAGGUCCCAGUGCUUCUGUCUGUGGCUGGUCCAGACCCACAGUACCCUGAGGAGUGGGACCUCUCUAGUCAGUGUUCCCCACUGCAUGCCAGGAUUUCUCAGUGAUCCCAUCCCUCAUAUUCUUGGUGCUACCCAAGUGCACCUGGUAGAACUGCUCCCCUGGUCCAUCCCAUUCCAUUUUCUCAAGGCUGGAGACUUGACUCAGGCUCAGGAAAGGGAGAUGGUGCACUUGGACAUGGUAGGGGAGCAGGACUGGGCAGCAGGGACAGGAGCUGCCUGGUGGCUUGACAGAGAAGUGGUGGAGCUGAAGAGGAGAAACUGAAACUAGGGCUCGUCCUGGCAUGUCUAGUCAGGCAGGAAAGUUCAGAGCAGAAAGCUGGGCUCUCCCUCCUGUCUCCUGGCAUGGGACACUACCAGCAAAGAGGGUUUUCUCGUAAGUGUUGGUGAGAGAACACAGUGCCCUGGACCAAGGGCAGCUGCUGUAAUUCUCCUAUGGCUCAGGCUAUGAGCACAGAUACCCAGAGAUGGCCUGUCCCUGUUCUGGCACACAGCCUCUCCGUGGUGGAGUGGUCCCAUCUCCUGGCACAUGGACACCACCCACCACAGCUCUGGGCUGUGCAGCAGUCAGGUGCCUGCUCUUCCUGAGACGUGUGUCUGCUCUCUGCCGUCUCCAUGUUGGUGAUGCCAGCUCCUCUGGCAGCUCAUUCGAGGGCCCAGUCUGCUCCUCUCUGUAGCCUUCUCCCUUACAUCUAACCCGAGUUCUCCCUGCUGUAGCUUAAUCCCAUUACUUCUCCUCCAUUGACUGGUGAGUCUAAUUGGCUCUGUUCCUUUUUCUCAUGGCCUUCCUGACACAAGCAGGCCUCUUAUCUGUAGCCUUUUCUUCACCAAGCCCAGAGUCUUGAUUUCACUUGCCAGGCCCUGGCUUGAGUGGUGGUGCGGAAGUUUUCACUAUGUAGUGAGUAUGUCACUCCUGCUCUGAGCCUGGCCCAGGCAGGAGGGCCAAAGGUGCAGGCAAUGCCUUGGUCAAUGCCUGUCAGGAUGGCUGUGUCCUCAUUCCUGGUGCAGAAGAUCUCUUUGAAGUGAGCAGAGCUCACAGAGCUGCUGGCUGCUUGCACAAGAAAAGCAGGACAGCACACAUCACCCUCUGGGAAGGUCAGAGCUGGGUGCUUGUCAGUAUGAUGGGGGCAAUAAUUAGGAGGAUCUCUGCAGUCAGAUGGCUUUGGUUUUUUCCAUGCAUCAUUCAAACAUUGCAGUUUUCCAUGGGUUGAGAGUCAGGCUCAGCAUUGCACUUAGCAGCAGACCUUCCUCAUAUACCAGAAGGAGGGAGUCAGGAAUGCUACCAGCUCCUCUUUGUGGCCCCUCAUGGUGCUAAUGCAACCCAGAAGAGGGAUGGUCUUACUGCUGCAAGGCUGGACAAUUGGUUUGGGCUAUUUGGUGUUUCCCACUCUUCAAUAUACUUUUCAGGUACUUCAAAGCUCUCCAGCUUUUCUGAACUAGAGAAAAAGAAAGAGAGAGAGAGAAAGAAGUGUGUGAGAAGCUCUGGAUUACCUGAUCAUCAAGACAUAUCACCACCCAUUUAUCUAUCUGUCAACACAGUAGAAGCUUCCCAAAUAGUGCCUAGCACUUUGCUUGUACAGAACCAGUUGAUGACACCAACCAGCCAAGUGGUGCUUCUUUGAGCCCUCUGUGUGUCCUGUCUCACUCCACACCAAGGAGGGAGGUGUCAGAGAGGGCUGUCAGGGUGAACAGCUGUAGGGGCAUUCAUUAGGAUGGGGAGAGGGAAUCUGAGCCUAUGGCCAAGGCCAAGCCUUCCAUCCUGCUGUUCAUCUGUUGUCAAACAAAUGCACCCCCCUUCCUUUCUGCUCCCCAUAAAAUGCACUUUAGAAAUCUAUCUGGUCCCUGCCCUCUUUGCUGUCUCUUCACUCAAAAGGCUGCAGAGUUGUUUAAUAACUGGUGGAUACUCAUGGGGUGAGAACUGCAGGAAAAUAUUUAUGAAGUGGAAGUUUAAGAAAGAUAGGUAGCAUCAAUGCCAGUAAAACAACACCUGCUGAUUAGCAGGUGGGACAAAUAAUCUCUUUUAAGCUCUCAUUCCAGCCUUUCCACCCAUGGCUUCAGUAGUGCUGUCUAAUGUCACCAGGGUGCUGCCUUUAGCAGGGCACAGACUGUGCUGCAGUGUGCUCCUGCUCUGCUGCAGUCGCUCUAGGGGCUGGGUCUGCAGUGCCACACCACCACCAGGAUGUUGUGUUAGCAAAGCUCUGUGAGUCUCAAGGUGGGGUAUGUCCUUCUGAUCAUGUUUCAUUCACAUUCAGUGGUUAGAAUAAAGUCUGUAGGAACAUGAUCUGGAUCCAGGCAAUGUCACAAUGAAAUGCAGUUUAAGUGAUAGCUCUAUCUGGUGCUGCUGCUUCCUGUGAUGCACUUGGGCCUACACUCUCCACUGAGCCAGGUAUGCAUGGGGACCAAAGGCUGGUUCAUAGCACCUGGGACCCCAGUGGGGACUUGGGGCUGAGCCUGCCUAGGGCUGUUUUCCCUGUGGGCAUUCUGGAAAAAAUGGAAAGGGGUCAUAGUCACACUUCAGGUAGAAAUUAAUGGGCUAUGUUCAUUCCUAGGGUAAUUUUACUGAAGCCAGUGGUACUAUACUAAUGUGAGGUUGGCUUAGCAGCUCCUCACAGGGGUCUGUCCCUGAGUCCUGAAAAAUUGAUCUGUCACAGUGUUGCUUUGCUGCAUAGAUUUUGUGUUGGGUCUUGGCCAACAUGAAUGAAUGUUGAAUAUCUGUAGUUUCUACAAGCAGUGGAUUGAAUUGUUCUGCUCUACUGCCUCACAGCUGCUCUGCCAAGGGGAACAUUAUGGAUGUGAUCUCGUCAACUCCCUCAAAAGCAAGCUAACAAGCAAAUUGACCUCCACAGCACCGGGAGAGGAGCUUUCUCCCACAGGAUCACAGCCUUUCAGCCUCUGAGCUCAAAGAGGUCCCAAGGACAGAACUGAACCUGCAAGACCCAUGGCCUCGUGGCCUGCCCUUCCUCCUUCCCUCCUUACCUCAUGUCUGUCUUGGGGGAGGGACAUUUCCCUGUGGAGUUCAACAGGCUCCUCUUCCUGCGGCUCGUGAACAGGCUCUACUAACAGGUAUAUCAUCCACCUAUGCAACUCUUCCAGAAGCUGCCAGAUUUUCAGGAGCCCAUUACAGUGUGCAGCAUGGCCAUCCAGCACUGAGAAUAAGCACAGUGGCUGCUGGAAAGCUAAGUGGGUUUUAUUCCUCCCCCAUUCCCCAGGAAGACUCUUUUUGUUGGGCCAUUUUGUUUGUUCGUUCGUUUGGUUUUUGUAAACUUCAUUUGGGGGAAAUGAAGCUCGUGAGAAAUUGGUGCCCAUCCUGAACCCUCCCCAGUCCUUCGAACUCUGUGAAUGGAUGGAUCACCUACUGUGAUUAUAAUUAGUGGAUUUUGUAGAACAAAAUAACUUCACACACAGACACAUGAGGUUCUUUCACUCUCCAUCAGCACAAGCUGCUUCUGCAAUCUUAGCUACUCACAUUAGUGAAAGAAAAAGCCUAGCUAGAAUGUGGUGAGAUGACGUAGUGCUUUGUACCAGUCCCAUGGUCCCAAUGUCCAUUAGCAGCGCCGUCAGCUGCCGUGACAUGAAUUCAGACUUUGGAUGGCAGCCCAUGAACCAGUCAGGGUGAAAAUUUGGAAAAUCCCAAGCCUGAGUCUAUGCACACUUCCAGAAGCAGAUGCAGGGGGAGGAUCAGCUGAACGCAGGCAUCCCCUCCUGCUCAGCCCCGGCAGGAGCUGGUGGGCUCUGUUUGUGCUGCACCUGCUCCCAGGAAGAGCCUGUCCCCAGGGGCUGAGCCGAGGGGAGUGAGAGCAGCAGUGUGUCUGAUGGAGCAGCACUGCUCAGCUCGCUGGGGAAACAGCAGUGACAGCCAGACCCCAAAAUAACAGGAUUUCACUUUGGGAAUGCCAAUGGCUUUUUCAAACUGAAAUGCCUAACUAACAGCUGUUAGAAGUGUUUCACAUUGCUGUUCCUUGCUUAAAAAAAAAAAAAAAAAAUUUUUGGUGACGAUGUGGGUUUACACUCUCCACUCCUUCCAUCUCUGUUAGUAAUGUGCCAUGCUGGUGGAGAAGGAAUGCCCAUGCCCAAAGCAGAUCAGGAUGGUGGCCCUGUGGCUUUGCAGUCGGGUGGGUUGAUCAGGAACAGAGGCCAGAGUUUAAAAUCUUUCUCUGUCUCUGGAGGUGUGAUGUGGCUAUCCACCCAGAUGUGGCAGGGUGGGGUUCUGCAUGCUCCUGCACAGCUGGGAUCUGUGGCCCUGCAGAGGAUUGAUAUGUUUAUGGCUUUGGUGUGGUGACACCCAUCCACCCUUGCAGCAAGGGCUUUUCAGGGUGACAGAGCAUUGCUUGUUCUUUGUGAGAGGAAACUCCUGACCUGAUUUCUGUGAGGAGAUGGUGUGAAGUGUCACAUUUGCUGCAGAGAGUGGCAGGGAGUGGGGAUAAAAGCAUGGAGCAAGCUGUGUUUGAGAACAAGCUAAUCCAUUGCUGGCUGUCUGAAACUGGAGAGCUGCCGGAUCUGCUCCCUGGACAACGCUUUCCAGCUCUUCUCACCCUGCCCAAACCUGAUGUGCAAACUGUCAUUCCUCUGAGCUAGCCAAAGCACUCCCCUCUCCUGAACUCCUCCGAGGCCGUGCAUUCCCAUCAUUUUGGUCCUUCCCUGCUGAGUCCCAUGGAAUGCCAGCAGUUGCAUGAUGACCACAGGCAUGCUGGUGGCCAGACCUCACCAUCCCUGCCUGCGCACAGCCUUCCAGCAGCGCUCCCUGCCCUGGCGUGCCCCACUGCUUGCUUGCUGCAGAGCAACCGCAGCACAUCCUGCCAUCACUUGGUGCUUUCCCAGAGAAUUUCACAGCACUUGUCCUGAGUUAGAAGACAGAAGGCCUUGAUGUUUUGGUGGUCCUGGUCUCCGGACCAGGGAGGAGAGGAGAGGCAGGUCAGCUGUUGUGGCAGUGAGGGAGCAGGGGACAGCAUCAUGGUGAAAGCAGCAUAUCUCCUGGAGAAGUGUGCAAACGUGGGCCCUGUGCUCUCUGCUGGGGCUGAGGGCAGCUGACUGAGGGCACAAUAGGAUGUGAAUGCUCAGCAACACAUGCGAGGAAGAGAGAUGGUUGAGAACAUCUGUAAAGGGCUUUGCAAAGUGGUGGUUUUUACAGGAGACAGAAGGCAAAAUGGGGCAGGAGGGUGCAGUGUUGGAGCAGUGGUGCUGCAAGGCAGGGAGGGAAAUGGAGCAGGGCAUCCUGAGAAGCUCAGGAACAGAGUGGGCUUUCAAAGCAAUCUGUGCAUGCUCUGGCUGAGGAGAAAGGCAGGAGAUAUUCCCAAGCUGAGGUGCCCAGGCCAUGUCGCACUGCGUUGUUGGAGCAGCAAUGCCACCUCCAAGCCCAGCAGUGACAGCUUGAGCACGUCUCAUCAACCACGAUGGCCACAAGGUGUAAAUGUCACUAAUGAAUAAAUUGCCUUGUGCCUUGGAGAGGCUAAUCCAUCACAGCCAGAGACAGGAAUCUGACAAGCCUGGCUAUUUCAGGCAUACCCUGUAGGGAGGAGGAAUGCUUCAUUUCUGAGCCAUCCCCUCCACCUAGGGAAGCCGAUGCAGGACUUGGCUCUGUGCCACUUCCCAUCUUCCCAGCUACAUGAGCUCAGGCUUCAUCCCUCUUCACUGCAACUGAAGAAGUACGAAAGGAUCUAGAUUAGCCAAAAUUGCCAUGUCAGCAGGGUGGUACACGGGGCUAGCAGGUGAUUGAGGUUGGAGGGAAGCUGCUGGACACGAGGCACAUGUGCUGUAGGGGUGAUGGAAUACAGUGGUGGGUUCCCAGUGACUGGGAGAGUUUGUGUUAGUUGUCUGUGUGUGUUUCAGGGCAGGAGUGCUUGGCACUAUGUUUUAGAAGCGUGCUGUUUCUUCCUCACCCCCCUGUGCUGUCCCACAGGCAGUGCACAGGACCCCCAUUUUCAGCAUCCCCUGUGUGUGAACCCAGCCACCAGCACCCUGGCUGACUGUGCAGAGGGCCAGCAGGUAUCAAACGGGCAGGGACAGCUCAGCCUAGACAAAUCCAGUCCAUGGGAGCAAAGGGAGGCUGAACACAGCAACCAUUUCUGUACACAGCCUCUGCUCAUCCUUGCGGCAACCUGCUCCUCCUCCCCAAGUCGGUGCUCAAAAUCAACCUGCCAUCCUGUUUGUGACAUAUGCCAGUGUGACACCUUGCAAAUCGAUGCCUGGGUCUCUGUGAGCAGAAACCGCCAGGCUUGGGAAGCUGGCCACUGUUUCCUGCUGCCGUGUGCGCUCUGCUCAGAGCAGCGGGAGCCGGGCUCGCCAUCUGCUGUGGGAGGGAGCCAGCCGGGUGCCCCGCUCCGGCCUGAUGGGACACGCCCCGCUCAGCCCGGGGGAGAGCCCGAGGGCCUUUCCCCCUUCUCUGCCUUCCGGCCGGCCCUGUCUCACCAUCUCUCUGGCACACACCCGUGGGGUGGGUGAGGGGGUGCUCCCAGCCUGACUGCUGAGUGCUGCUGAUGCUGUGUUGGGAGUGGUGGCAGUGCCCAAGCUCACUCUCUCCUCCAGACAGAGGCCCACAAAUGGCGCCCCCUCCUCAGAGCCUGCCUUGAAGAUAGACCUCAGGGAGAGCUAAGGUUUGUUCUGGCCCUGCACUCAGCACAGUGACCAGCUAGUUACCCACCCCGUGGUGGCUGGACCCGGAGCUGACAAGUGACCCACCAGCAGCAGGCAUGUUCACACUCCAACAAUCUGCUGUUGCUGUCUGGCCAGAGUGUGUGGCAUUUGAAAUGGUUUCAACCCUUGCAGGCUGGCAGAUAGUUGACUGUUGGUCUUGGGUGUGGGCAAGUGCUGGAGGCUGCUUGGUUUGGACUUUGCUUUUUGGCCAAGAGAUGGAUGGGAGAGAAGGCAAAGAGUUCUCCAGGCAACAGCUACCUGUCCAGGCAUUCCUGCAUGCGGCAGCCCAGGAGUGCGUUUGAAGGGUGCUUAAGUGGUGUUAACAGUCUCAAGCUGUUAGAAGGAAAAUGAGCAGUGAAAAAAGCUCCUGGAAAGCAAGUUAGAAGUUGUUCUGGUGAUGGCAUGUUUUCCCAAGCCCUUUUCUUUCCGUCCCUUGUCCUCCCUGACUCUGGUGGCCAGUUCCUCCUCAUGUGUCUGCUAGCAUGUCUGCAGGAUCUCAUUGCUGCCCUCCAAGCAUGAGCUUUCAUUGCACAACUGGCUGACCAGCUGCAGCCCUGUCCUUGGAGCCACAGGCAGGCUUGCCUAGGACCAGGCCACCCCCAUUAAACCCCCACCCUCGCUGCUGGAGCUGUUGCUUCAUCAGCCUGAUGCUGAUCUGGGUCUUUUCUGCUGUUUCUGAACAUGAGUUCUCAUCUCAUUGAGGUGUGUCAUCCAGUGAAAAUAUUUUGUAAAUGCAAAUAAAAAUAAAUAAGUAUAUUCAAUACCUCGGUCUCGAGGAUGGGAAACAAGUAGUGGGAGUUGCCCAGGUAGGGAGGUUUCACAGUUGCUACUGCUGGUUAGGAAUUCUUCUGGACGUAGCCCCUGGAGCAUCCAUCAGUAGUUGGGAAGGGACUACACAAACCUGUGAGGGCUUGGGGCUGAGCCCUGUCAGCACCCCUGCUGCCAGGGCAGCCCUGCACUCCAUCCUUUCUGAUCUAUGUGGGCGUGACACGGUGCAGGUAAAGGUCCUGUCAACCAGGGGCCAGCGGCACCUCGGUGUCUGUAUCCAUCAGGCAGGGCAAGGCAGAAGCGGGUACGUGGUGAACAAAUCCUUUUGUGAACACUGGGAAACGGUUUUUACUUUUCAACUCUGUCAAUAUGAUCUAGCUCUGUCUGUCUCUCUAUAUAUGUACAAACAGUAUAUCACAAUGUUGCCUUUUUUGUUGGAAAUAUCAAAGUACAAAGAUUGUAAACCAAAUCGGUGUAAUAAAAGUUUCAGAUGAUUCACUGA